GGUUGUCUGCCCCUUCAGCCACAAUCGAGUCAACCGCCGUGUUCGCGAAUCAUGGCAAAGCCUCGGCGCUUUCCCAAUCGAGACUACUUGCUCAACUGCUACGCAAAUUGUCUGCGCUCGAGGUAGACGAAUGGCUUCGGCGGUAGAUCACGUCCCUGCAGUUUACGGCUCAUCUGAGCAAGGUCCAAAAUCCCGCAACCAAAAUGAAAGUACAUCUUGCAGAUGAGAGACGAGAGAUUGCGUCCGUGUAUGACUUGCUGGCUUGCUCCCCAAUGUUGUUAGAUCUGUCGAAAGUCUGUCUCCCUGGCGGUCACUUUCGACGAUCAGUGAGGUGAACUGGCUGCGAGUGGCAUGUACAUGGUCGGAUUUGCGGCUCACAGUGACGCUUCGAGGCAGACUACACAGAGCUCAACAGAGUCAACAGCAUGCGGAAUCUGGACCGUGGAAACAGUGUGUGGAUGAUGAGGAGGUGCCAAGGACUUCUGGCCUCUUCGCAGGCAGACCAUGUCACCAGAAAUCACGCUUGUGGUUGCGUUGUACUUCACUCCGCAGCCCAGAGUGUACUCAAUAAAUGGGUGCCAAUCGAAAUCAAUACGUACGAAGGCCCGUAGCUCCAUCGGUGGACGCAAGCGCGCUCUUUUGCCCACACGCCAGACAGUCGCCGCUUGUGCAUUAUGGAGAUUGAUUCUGUUUACUUUUCGGAGAUUAGAUGGACCACGAUACGGUCAUCAAAACCUUGUCAUGAUCUUUCGUGCUUCCUCGUCCUGUACCUGCCUACUUAUUAUGCCCAAAUAAUUCCAACAUGUCCUCGCCCAUUUCUCUGUUCUCCCUCUGCCAUUAACUUCCUGCGCUUCGCUUCGAGCCCUCCGAGACCUUCUCGUACGGGCUCGUAUGAUGAGCCUCUGGACGACGGUCAUGCUCCAUACGUGCGGGAAUACCGUACAUUCGACGUAGACGAACCCUCGUCUGAAUCACGAAAUACUGUGAUAACUUCGAAGUUUCUCAAUCUUCGUUCUUUAUUUCCAUCUUUCUUCGUGCUUCUUUUUGCCUUUGUUAUUACGCUCGAUCUUCAUUACUGUAUUGUACAGUCGGCUUUUUCAUGCUGUCGAAGCCAGCCCGACGCAUGGAGGGUCUCGAAGAGUUUGGGAUGUACCGAUGUAACGACCUUAUGUAAUAAAUUGGCAUAAUCUUUGCCACUUGAGAAGAUCAAGAUCCCUACAUCUCAUUAAAAAGCAAGACAAGAGAGCAACGCAAAGGAAUGAAUAAUCA